GGGGGAGGCGGGAUGUGCAGAAGUUGCCCGCGUCGCGCAGAGCGCACCGAGAGUCCAACCUCGCCACAUUCUUGCGCGCAAAAGGAACAUGCGCCCGUAGUUCCGGUCCCGCCACCGUCGUCUCCAGCAGGUUACCGGACUCCCGACGACGCCCUCCGUUCGCAGGAAAAGAGUCGCCAAGUGCCGAUGCGUCGAUGCAUUUCUCCGGGAAACUAACGACCGUCGUCCUGCUGCUGCUCCUGGCGGCGCACGGCUGUUUUUCGUCUAAAGCAGAGGACAGAUUGUUUCGGAGGUUGUUCCGACGGUACAACCAGUUCAUCAGACCGGUGGAGAAUGUAUCUGAUCCGGUCACAGUGGAGUUUGAGGUCUCCAUCUCUCAACUAGUCAAAGUGGAUGAGGUGAAUCAGAUCAUGGAGACCAACCUGUGGCUGAGACAUGUCUGGAAUGACUACAAGCUUAAAUGGGUCCCCGCUGAAUACGACGGGAUCGAGUUCAUACGAGUUCCAUCCAAUAAGAUUUGGAGGCCAGACAUUGUUUUGUACAACAAUGCUGUAGGAGAUUUUCUUGUUGAAGACAAGACCAAGGCUCUGCUGAAGUUCGACGGCACCAUUACGUGGAUUCCUCCGGCGAUUUUUAAGUCCUCUUGCCCCAUGGACAUCACCUACUUCCCCUUUGACUACCAGAACUGCUCCAUGAAGUUCGGCUCCUGGACCUACGACAAGGCCAAGAUCGACCUGGUGCUCAUCGGGUCAAAGGUAAACCUGAAAGACUUCUGGGAAAGUGGAGAGUGGGAGAUCAUCGACGCCCCAGGAUACAAGCAUGACAUCAAGUAUAACUGCUGUGAAGAGAUCUACCCAGACAUCACCUACUCCUUCUACAUCCGCCGUCUGCCGCUCUUCUACACCAUCAACCUCAUCAUUCCCUGCCUCCUCAUCUCCUUCCUCACGGUGCUGGUCUUCUACCUGCCCUCCGACUGUGGCGAGAAGGUCACGCUGUGCAUCUCGGUCCUGCUCUCCCUCACCGUGUUCCUGCUGGUCAUCACCGAGACCAUCCCCUCCACGUCGCUCGUCAUCCCUCUGAUCGGCGAGUACCUCCUCUUCACCAUGAUAUUUGUGACGCUCAGCAUCGUCAUCACCGUCUUCGUGCUCAACGUCCACUACCGCACGCCCAUGACUCACACCAUGCCGGAGUGGGUGAGGUCCGUGUUCCUGGGGGUGCUGCCGAGGGUGAUGCUCAUGAGGCGGCCCAUUGACCAGGGCUGCUCCACUCCUGCCGUUACCGCGGGAACGGGGGGAGGAGGCGCCGCGCUAGGAGGCCCCGGAGGAGUCAAGAAGCGGAAGACCAGCGUAGGGAGCGGGUCAGGGAGCGUCAGCAUCGGAGGGAUUACAGGGGGCGUGGCGUGUCCGCCCGCGUUGGAGGGGGGCGCGGGGGGAGGGGGAGGAGCCUCCUCGGCCAGCGGCUCCAUGAACUGCGUGGAGUACGGCGAGGUGAGCCGCGACAUGAAGCGGGAUGUGAACAGAAGGCUCCCCUACAGAGGCAAGGAGGUCCCGACCCCGGUGCCCCCGCCCGUGGUCCCUCCCCCCCCUCCCCCCCAGGCCCAGGGGUCCCAGGAGGCGGAGCUGCCCAAGCUCUCCGGGCGUCUGAACGCCCCGUCGCCGGUCAGCGCCGUCGUCGCCUUCUCCGUGGUGUCGCCUGAGAUCAAGCAGGCCAUCGAGAGCGUCAAGUACAUCGCAGAGAACAUGAGGACCCGCAACAAAGCCAAAGAGGUGGAGGAUGACUGGAAGUACGUCGCCAUGGUCAUCGACAGGAUCUUCCUCUGGGUUUUUGUGACUGUCUGUGUGCUGGGAACUCUGGGACUCUUCCUUCAGCCGCUCAUCAGCUUCCUGAAAUGAGCCGCUCCGUUUUCGGCCCACGUGAAUUAUUUUCGGGAGGCAUCUCUCCGGCUUUGUCUCCCGUUUCCUUUUCUGCUUUCCAUCUCUCACUCCUCAGCAACCGCUGAUAGCCCUCAGCUGUCUCUUUCCUCAUAUGACUUACCCAGAUUCCCCCGUUUCUCAUCUGACAUCUACGAUAUUCGCACGCCACACUGUUUUCCUGUCUAAUCCUCCACAUCGCUGCUUUUUUUUCCAGCUUCAUUUUUAACAUCUGCUGUCCUUCUUUUCCUCCCUCCUGCCUGCGGCGCUUCACUACUAUUGUCUACAUACUUGCAUCUGAUAUGUAUUGUCAUCAUUCAGGAUUGUACAGUGUUGAACAUUCUGGGUAAAUAUGUAGGUAAUUAUUAUUGUAAUUACUGUUGUGUAACCUUAAGAUAUGAAGAAAGCACAGAUUAGAGAAAUGCUAGACAUGCGUCCUGCUAUCAUUGCUACUUCACCUUUGACAGCAGGUAAUGAUCUGUAUGUACUGUUUAGUGAUUUGAUGACUAGCACUUCCUGUUGUCAAAUACCUCAGUCACCUCUACCCGUCCCUGUACAUACAUGUACCUUGAUGCACGGCUUGCGAGAGCAUCCCAAGCCACAGCUUUACACCUUUUAAUGAUAUUCAUUCCCUAUGUCGUCGCACAAAGUACAAUUAUACACCGAAAUCACAACAUUGUGACAAACCCCAAAUGGAUGGAAAAAACAUUCUGUUGCACAAUUCAGAUUAAACCUAACAUGGAGUUAAAUGAAGCAAGUGACCAAACAUUAUGUUUUGAAUGUUUUUGUGGGUCUGUCCUGAAUGUGUGCGCAUCCUCAUGGUACUCAUCUGUCCAGAGACGGAGGACCCAGCUCCGUGUUUAAUUUGGGAAAGAAUCAUUUUCCAUCUUUUACCUAUUUUAGGAUAAUUUGAUGGGAACCGGAUGAAUGUAUACGGUGGAAUACAUCAUGGAAAUCUAUUUGCUUUAAUGUUAAAGAGGAAGAAACCUGAAAGAGAA